ACUCCAAACAUAUCUAAAUCCUUCCAACUAGCUUUGCCAACUAAGCUUUUUUCAUUUUUCACAAUCUUUUCCAGAACGAGUCUUCAUUUAGCAGCGGAGAGAGGUGAAGAUGGUGAAGGAGCCGGAGAUAAAGCUGUUCGGCCGGAAGAUUUGUUUUCCGAAUAACAGCUCCGCCGGAGAACGUUCCAGUGAUUGCGAUCGCUUCUUGGAGAAGUGUAAAGGAGAAGAAAUUGGAAGGCAGGAGCAGAGAGAUGAGGAGGUAGCAAAGGGAGAAAUCUGCGAAACUAGUGCAGAAAAUGAGGAAUCACAGGGCAGUGCUCCACCGGAAUCCGACGAAGAGAAGGGCGAUUCGAAGCGAAAAGCCCUAAAGAAGCCGGACAAAAUCAUCCCGUGCCCCCGGUGCGACAGCAUGAACACCAAAUUCUGCUACUACAACAACUACAACGUCAACCAGCCCCGCCACUUCUGCAGGGGCUGCCAGAGGUACUGGACGGCCGGGGGCACAAUGCGCAACGUUCCCGUUGGCGCGGGCCGACGCAAGAACAAGACCUCCCGCCACCUCACCAUCGACGGAUUCCGCAGCCCAAACGCCACCACUGUCCUUUCCUUCUCACACCAAAUGCCCUGUUCUGGCAACCAUGGAUUUUCAUGGCCUCCAAUGCCGUACUAUUUAUGGAAUGGUGGGAAUCUGGACGCUGAGUCGGCGCUGGGGAAGCGUUCGAGGAGUGGGGAGGUUGUGGUGCCGAAGACGUUGAGGAUGGAUGAUCCGGAAGAAGCUGCGAGGAGCUCUAUAUGGUCGACUCUCGGGACCAAGUAUGAUUCCCUUAGUCGACAAGGCCUUUUCAAGGCCUUGCAGCCCAAGGAUUGUGGCAAGAAACCGGCUGUCGGGCCUCUGCUGCAAGCCAAUCCGGCAGCUCUGUCGCGGUCCGUUGCGUUCCAAGAGCGUGCCUGAUUGGGCUUUGGUGUUGUGUUUAGUAGUUUUGCUCAAAAGUUGUAUAUACUGAUAGUUAAAAGUUGUUCUAGAUGUAGUUAUACUGUCUAUUUUUGCUAAGUUUUUCUCUUUAACGAGACAACUUUUCGUUUCUCUCUA